ACUCGAGUCCGCGCUUUUCGUCGUCGCCGCCGCUGCCACCGCCGCCGCCAUGUCAGGAGGUGGUGUGAUUCGUGGCCCGGCUGGGAACAACGACUGCCGCAUCUACGUGGGGAACCUACCUCCAGACAUCCGCACCAAGGACAUCGAGGACGUGUUUUACAAAUACGGCGCCAUCCGCGACAUCGACCUGAAGAACCGCCGCGGGGGACCGCCCUUCGCCUUCGUUGAGUUCGAGGACCCGCGAGACGCGGAAGAUGCGGUGUACGGUCGCGACGGCUACGACUACGACGGCUACCGUCUGCGGGUAGAGUUUCCUCGGAGCGGCCGCGGUACCGGCCGAGGCGGCGGCGGGGGUGGCGGCGGCGGAGCCCCGAGAGGCCGCUAUGGCCCGCCAUCCAGGCGGUCAGAAAACAGAGUGGUCGUCUCUGGACUGCCUCCGAGUGGAAGCUGGCAGGACUUAAAGGAUCACAUGCGUGAGGCAGGUGAUGUAUGUUAUGCUGAUGUUUACCGAGAUGGCACUGGUGUCGUGGAGUUUGUACGGAAAGAAGAUAUGACGUAUGCAGUUCGAAAACUGGAUAACACUAAGUUUAGAUCUCACGAGGGAGAAACUGCCUACAUCCGGGUUAAAGUUGAUGGGCCCAGAAGUCCAAGUUAUGGAAGAUCUCGAUCUCGAAGCCGUAGUCGUAGCAGAAGCCGUAGCAGAAGCAACAGCAGGAGUCGCAGUUACUCCCCAAGGAGAAGCAGAGGAUCACCACGCUAUUCUCCCCGCCAUAGCAGAUCUCGCUCUCGUACAUAAGAUGCUUGGUGACACUUUUUGUAGAACCCAUGUUGUAUACAGUUUUCCUUUACUCAGUACAAUCUUUUCU